AUGACAUUGGCAGAAGCAGUAAGAGAGGUUGAACAGGGCCAGAUGGAGGAAAGGCUGAGUGGCUGUAACCUGUCAGAGAGAAGCUGUGAAGCUCUGUCCUCGGUUCUCAGCUCCCAGUCCUCUAGUCUGAGAGAGCUGGACCUGAGUAACAACGAGCUGCAGGAUUCAGGAGUGAAGCAGCUGUCAGCUGGACUGAAGAGUCCACACUGCAGACUGGAAACUCUCAGUCUGUCAUUCUGUCUGGUCUCAGUGGAAGGCUGUACUUCUCUGGCCUCAGCUCUGAGCUCAAACCCCUCCCAUCUGAGAGUGCUGGAUCUGAGCUACAAUCAUCCAGGAGACUCAGGAGUGAAGCUGCUGUCAGCUGGACUUAAGGAUCCAAACUGGAGACUGGACACUCUCAGGAUGGACCAUGGUGGACAACAGAGAAUGAGACCUGGUGUGAGGAAGUAUGUCUGUAAACUGGAACUGGACACAAACACAGUAAACAGAAAACUAAAACUGUCUGACAACAACAGGACGGUGACACAUGUGAGAAAGGAUCAGUCAUAUCCUGGUCAUCCAGACAGAUUUGACUCCUGGCCUCAGCUGCUGUGUAGAAAUGGUCUGACUGGUCGCUGUUACUGGGAGGUCGAGAUGAGAAGAAGGGUUGAAAUAUCAGUGAGUUACAGAGGAAUCAGGAGAAGAGGAGCCAGUGAAGACUGUAGGUUUGGAUGUAAUGAUCAGUCCUGGAGUCUGUUCUGCUCGGAUGAUGGUUACUCUGUCUGGCACAAUAACAGAGAAACAGCCCUCACUCCCUCCUCUGUCUCUAACAGAGUAGCAGUGUAUGUGGACUGUCCUGCUGGCACUCUGUCCUUCUACAGAGUCUCCCCUGACUCACUGAUCCACCUCCACACCUUCAACACCACAUUCACUCAACCUCUUUAUCCUGGGUUUAUGGUCUGCCCUGGUUCCUCAGUGUCUCUGUGUCCUCUGCAGGAAUGAUAGCCGAUGGAUAAAGCUGAGUGAAUGUGAUGUACUUUAAGUUUUUGGUAUAUUUGUGGCCAUAUAUAUGAGCUGUAACAAAAGCUUCUUUGAAAAUAAUUUCUUUUGUAAUACAUCCAUCGCCAUCGGCAUAUCCAGG